CACCGUCUGUUGGGUGCAUGUGUGCGCCCGCAGCGGCGCGGGGCGCGUGGUUCUCCGCGUGGAGUCUCACCUGGGACCUGAGUGAAUGGCUCCCAGGGGCUGUGCGGGGCAUCCGCCUCCGCCUUCUCCACAGGCCUGGGUCUGUCCUGGAAAGAUGCUAGCAAUGGGGGCGCUGGCAGGAUUCUGGAUCCUCUGCCUCCUCACUUAUGGUUACCUGUCCUGGGGCCAGGCCUUAGAAGAGGAGGAAGAAGGGGCCUUACUAGCUCAAGCUGGAGAGAAACUAGAGCCCAGCACAACUUCCACCUCCCAGCCCCAUCUCAUUUUCAUCCUAGCGGAUGAUCAGGGAUUUAGAGAUGUGGGUUACCACGGAUCUGAGAUUAAAACACCUACUCUUGACAAGCUCGCUGCCGAAGGAGUUAAACUGGAGAACUACUAUGUCCAGCCUAUUUGCACACCAUCCAGGAGUCAGUUUAUUACUGGAAAGUAUCAGAUACACACCGGACUUCAACAUUCUAUCAUAAGACCUACCCAACCCAACUGUUUACCUCUGGACAAUGCCACCCUACCUCAGAAACUGAAGGAGGUUGGAUAUUCAACGCAUAUGGUCGGAAAAUGGCACUUGGGUUUUUACAGAAAAGAAUGCAUGCCCACCAGAAGAGGAUUUGAUACCUUUUUUGGUUCCCUUUUGGGAAGUGGGGAUUACUAUACACACUACAAAUGUGACAGUCCUGGGAUGUGUGGCUAUGACUUGUAUGAAAACGACAAUGCUGCCUGGGACUAUGACAAUGGCAUAUACUCCACACAGAUGUACACUCAGAGAGUACAGCAAAUCUUAGCUUCCCAUAACCCCACAAAGCCUAUAUUUUUAUAUAUUGCCUAUCAAGCUGUUCAUUCACCACUGCAAGCUCCUGGCAGGUAUUUUGAACACUACCGAUCCAUUAUCAACAUAAACAGGAGGAGAUAUGCUGCCAUGCUUUCCUGCUUAGAUGAAGCAAUCAACAACGUGACAUUGGCUCUAAAGACUUAUGGUUUCUAUAACAACAGCAUUAUCAUUUACUCUUCAGAUAAUGGUGGCCAGCCUACGGCAGGAGGGAGUAACUGGCCUCUCAGAGGUAGCAAAGGAACGUAUUGGGAAGGAGGGAUCCGGGCUGUAGGCUUUGUGCAUAGCCCACUUCUGAAAAACAAGGGAACAGUGUGUAAGGAACUCGUGCACAUCACUGACUGGUACCCCACUCUCAUUUCACUGGCUGAAGGACAGAUUGAUGAGGACAUUCAACUAGAUGGCUAUGAUAUCUGGGAGACCAUAAGUGAGGGUCUUCGCUCACCCCGAGUAGAUAUUUUGCAUAACAUUGACCCCAUAUACACCAAGGCAAAAAAUGGCUCCUGGGCAGCAGGCUAUGGGAUCUGGAACACUGCAAUCCAGUCAGCCAUCAGAGUGCAGCACUGGAAAUUGCUUACAGGAAAUCCUGGCUACAGCGACUGGGUCCCCCCUCAGUCUUUCAGCAACCUGGGACCGAACCGGUGGCACAAUGAAAGGAUCACCUUGUCAACUGGCAAAAGUGUAUGGCUUUUCAACAUCACAGCCGACCCAUAUGAGAGGGUGGACCUAUCUAACAGGUAUCCAGGAAUCGUGAAGAAGCUCCUACGGAGGCUCUCACAGUUCAACAAAACUGCAGUGCCGGUCAGGUAUCCCCCCAAAGACCCCAGAAGUAACCCUAGGCUCAAUGGAGGGGUCUGGGGACCAUGGUAUAAAGAGGAAACCAAGAAAAAGAAGCCAAGCAAAAAUCAGGCUGAGAAAAAGCAAAAGAAAAGCAAAAAAAAGAAGAAACAGCAGAAAGCAGUCUCAGGUAAACCAGCAAAUUUGGCUCGAUAAUAUCGCUGGCCUAAGCGUCAGGCUUGUUUUCAUGCUGUGCCACUCCAGAGACUUCUGCCACCUGGCCGCCACACUGAAAACUGUCCUGCUCAGUGCCAAGGUGCUACUCUUGCAAGCCACACUUAGAGAGAGUGGAGAUGUUUAUUUCUCUUGCUCCUUUAGAAAACGUGGUGAGUCCUGAGUUCCACUGCUGUGCUUCAGUCAACUGACCAAACACUGCUUUAAAUUAUAGGAGGAGAACAAUAACCUACCAUCCGCAAGCAUGCUAAUUUGAUGGAAGUUACAGGGUAGCAUGAUUAAAACUACCUUUGAUAAAUUACAGUCAAAGACUGUGUCACCUCAAAGGCCUUGAAGAAUAUAUUUUCUUGGUGAAUUUUUGUAUGUCUGUCAUAUGACACUUGGGUUUUUUAAUUAAUUCUAUUUUAUAUAUAUAUAUAUAUAUAUGUUUCUUUUCCUGUGAAAAGCUGUUUUUCUCACAUGUGAACGGCUUGCACCUCAUUUUACCAUGCAUGAGGGAAUGGCAAAUAAGAAUGUUUGAGCACACUGCCCACAAUGAAUGUAACUAUUUUCUAAACACUUUACUAGAAGAACAUUUCAGUAUAAAAAACCUAAUUUAUUUUUACAGAAAAAUAUUUUGUUGUUUUUAUAAAAAGUUAUGCAAAUGACUUUAUUUUAUUUUUAUUUCCUGCAUACCAUUAGAAGAAUUUUAUUUCAUUUCUUCAAAUUACCAAGCACUGUAAUACUAUAAAUUAAUGUAAUACUGUGUGAAUUCAGACUAUAAAAAACAUCAUUCAGAAAACUUUAUAAUCAUCAUUGUUCAACCAAGAUUUUGAAUGUAAUAAGAUGAAUAUAUUCCUUACAAAUUACUUGGAAAUUCAGUGUUUGUGCAGAGUUGAGACAACUUUAUUGUUUCUAUCAUAAACUAUUUAUGUAUCUUAAUUAUUAAAAUGAUUUACUUUAUGGCACUAGAAAAUUUACUGUGGCUUUUCUGAUCUAACUUCUAGCUAAAAUUGUAUCAUUCAUCCUAAAAAAUAAAAAUCUUUACUAAUAGGCAAUUGAAGGAAUGGUUUGCUAACAACCACAGUAAUAUAAUAUGAUUUUACAGAUAGAUGCUUCCCCUUGGCUAUGACAUGGAGAAAGAUUUUCCCAUAAUAAUAACUAACAUUUAUAUUAGGUUGGUGCAAAACUAGUUGCGGUUUUUCCCAUUAAAAGUAAUAACCUUACUCUUAUACAAAGUGGACACUGUGGGGAGAUACAGAGAAAUGGAAGAUACGGAUCCUGCCUGGAGUAGGUAACCUUGCUUGGAAACCCCACAUGCAAACGUCAUGAGGAGAAUUAAAGGAGUAUUAUCAGUAAUGAAGUUUAUCAUGAGUCAUCAAUGAGCAUAGAUUGGUGUGGAUCCUGUAGACCCUGGUGUUUUCUUUGAAGUGCCCUCUCCUAAUGCAGAGGCCUUGAAGCUUACAGUAUACACUUGAAAAGUCACAGAUAGCUAGAAUUAUGAUCUUUGAAGUUAUAACUGUGAUCUGAAAAUGUGUGUGGUGGUAUGACAGCAUACCAUUAAAUACAUUUACAUCACAGCUCAAAGGACUGUGAUAUAAUCCAUUUAUAUCACAACUCAAAGGACUGAUAUAAUCCAUUUAUAUCACAGCUCACAGUUUCUGAAAAUGUAUAAAAGAAUCUAUAAUCUAGUACUGAAAUUACUAAAUUGGGUAAGAUGAUUUAAAUGAUUUUAAUUUUAAUAUUUUAUUUCUAGAAUAUAUGGCUCCAUUUUAUUUUAUAGUGUAAAGUUGUAUUUCCUAAAGUUUGUGUUUUGUCGACAGUAUCUUUUAAAUGAGUCUUAAAAAUAAAGGCAUAUUGUUCAUGUUUUUC